AUGGGAAAAAUUAAUCAGCCAUCAACACAGAUUAAGCUUACAAAUGUGUCAGUGGUUCGUAUGAAGAAGGGUAAAAAACGAUUUGAGAUCGCAUGUUAUCAAAACAAAGUUCAGGAUUGGAGAUCUGGAGUGGAAAAGGAUUUGGAUGAGGUGUUGCAGAUUCAUCAGGUUUUUCUAAAUGUAUCAAAAGGACAAGUAGCCCCACAUGAUCUGCUUCAAAAAUCAUUUGGAACGAGUGAUCUCGAUAAGAUAAUUCUGGUAAUAUUAAAGAAGGGGGAGAUCCAGCUUAGUGGUAAGGAGAGAUCACAGCAUAUGGCACAGUUACAGAAGGAGGUUUUGAAUAUAAUAUCCACAAAAUGUGUGAAUCCGAAAACGAAGAAAAGAUAUCCGCCAACCAUGAUCGAGAAAGCAUUGAAAGAAUUAAAAUACAAUAUGACCAAUGCAAGAAAUGCUAAAACAAAGGCUUUGGAAGCUAUUCGUCUGCUUGUAGAGAAGCAGAUUAUUCCAAUCUCAAGAGCUCAAAUGAAGUUACGAAUAAUGGUAAAGAAUAAGAAAUUCAUGAAGGGAGAAAAGUAUGUAACACCAAUGCUUGGUACUAUCCAAUCCAAGGACAAUAUAGAAGGAGAUCUUGAAAUAGUGUGUUUGAUCGAACCGGAGUGUUACAAAGAACUUAUGGAAAUGAUAAAGAAAAUGGAUGGUUCUGUUGAAGUCAUCGAUAUGGCAGUUAUUGAUGAUUCCGCUUCUGCAAUCUAA